CCCGACCGCGGAGGUGGUGCGCGUUGUUUCUUCGGUUCUUACGACAGUGUCGAGAGGGGUUUUCCGGUUUCCGUCGUCGUCCGGGGUCAUCCUCAACGGGAAUGACGGCCGCCAGGAGCACGUGGUCGUCGGUGCUUCUUCUAUUUAUUAUAGGGCUGAGCUUGCGCGACGCCUUCGCGAAACACCAUCAUAUAAAAUUGAGGCACGAGAGACAUCGUCGACAGCAUGGGGAGAACCAUCAGCCGAGCAGCUUCGUCCUCGACACGGACGAGCCCGACCGUGGAACCUGGGGACCCUGGUCCUCCUCCAGCUCCUGCUCCAGGACCUGCGGGGGCGGUGUCGCUCAUCAGACUAGACAGUGUCUCGACAUAGACGACAGUGGCUACAACAAGUGUACCGGUGCAUCGAGGCGAUAUUUCUCCUGCAACAUCCAGGAGUGCCCCGAAGACGCGAAGGACUUCCGGUCGGACCAAUGCGCCGCGUACAACAGAGUUCCGUUCGAGGGAAUUUAUUAUGAUUGGAUCCCUUACACCGGCGGACCGAACAAGUGCGAAUUGAAUUGCAUGCCGCGCGGCGAGCGUUUCUUCUACAGGCACAAGGCGUCGGUGAUCGACGGCACGCCGUGCGAACCUGAGAAAAACGACGUUUGCGUCGAAGGGAAAUGUAUGCACGUUGGUUGCGACAUGAUGCUGGGAAGCACCGUUCAGGAAGACGCUUGCAGGGAGUGCGGCGGCAACGGUUCCGAUUGCAACACGAUCUCCGGUUUAUUCGAUACCGAUGAUCUCCAAGUCGGGUACAUCGACAUCCUGCUGAUACCGAAAGGAGCAACGAACAUAGUAGUGAGGGAGAUGGAACCAUCGAACAAUUACUUAGCCAUUAGAAACACGACUGGUCACUAUUACCUGAACGGGAACUGGAGGAUAGACUUUCCACGGAGCCUGAAAUUCGUUGGUACAAUAUUCCAUUAUUCGAGAGAUCCGCAAGGUUUCUCGGCGCCCGACAUCAUCACCGCCUUGGGACCGACGUAUGAAGCAAUUUACGUGGUGUUACUUUACCAAGACCACAACGUGGGCGUCCAUUACGAGUACAGUAUGCCGAAGAAAUUCUCCCAUCAGACCGACGCUGACAGCUACACCUGGAUAACCGACGAAUUUUCAAGCUGCAGCGCGACUUGCGGCGGAGGUUUUCAGUCGAGACGAGUGGCCUGCGUGCGAAGAAGGGAUAGUCAACCGGUGGACGAGUCCCUCUGCGAUCCGCUGAUGGAACCAGUUGACACGCAGGGUUGUGGUCAGGAACCCUGUCCACCUGUGUGGAUGGAGGGCGAGUGGGGCCCCUGCAGCAAGCACUGCGGCGAGAAAGGUGAACAGAGCAGAGAGAUCAAAUGCGAGCAAGUCAUCUCCAGUGGGAUUGCCUCGGUGGUGGACGACAGUCAGUGUCUGGACAGUGUGGGGCCCAAAGGGCCCACCAACCAGGAGUGCAACAGAGAGGUGGAGUGCCCACAGUUCCACAUAGGACCUUGGAAACCGUGCGAUCAUCUGUGCGGACCUGGGAAGCAAACGAGGAAAGUGACGUGUUACAAGAAGAUGGAGGGGAAGAUUCAAGUGUUGGAGGACGAAGCUUGCGAAGAAGAGGUCCCGGAGCGUGAGAUGCCUUGCGAGCUGAGACCUUGCGCCGGCCUCGACUGGGUCACGUCGGAUUGGAGUGGUUGCGACGACAAAUGCGGACUCACUCGGGAGACGAGGACGGCUCAGUGCGCCACGCAAGAUGGCACCGUUUAUCCCGACGACAAAUGCGACUCGGAGAAGAAGCCCAAACUGGCGCAAACGUGCGAGAGCACCAAGGAAUGCGAGUUCCUGUGGUUCAGCAGUCAGUGGAGUUCCUGUUCGGCGAAAUGUGGAUCCGGCGUGCAGACGCGCAAGGUGUUCUGCGGCACGUUCGACGACGAAACGGUGAAGAAAGUGCCGGUUGAAAAAUGCGACGCCAGCAAGAAAUUCAACGACACGAAGAACUGCACAGCCGAGGAAGAGUGCAAAGGUGAAUGGUUCGCUGGUCCAUGGAGCAAGUGUUCGAAACCGUGCGGCGGAGGCACCAUGAUCCGCAAGGUGAUUUGCAUGAAGGACAACGUUACGGCCCCUGUGAAGAACUGCGACUCCAGCGCGAUCAUGUUCUCGUCCGAGGACUGCAACAAGCAACCGUGCGAGGAAGACGAGGUGAUACCGGUCGAGUUGGAGAAGAUCAAGGAUCUGGCCGAGGAGGAUGAUGAAUGCGAAGUGUACGAGGACGAGGACUUCGUAACCGUCUCGUCCAGCCUCGCACCAGGCGAUGAGAAAUCUAGUAAAAUGGUCGAGCUGACCGAGGCCACUCCCCUAAGUUCGCCGGAUGCUGAAUCGUUCACCAGCGACGACGAGAAAAUGCAAGGCGAUGCUGCUUACACCAGGGGCGACAUAACGCCCUGGGAUAUCGUCGAGGGAAGCGGCACCUAUUAUGAGCAUUUCUACACCGAGUCUGAAGUGGUGGGAUUCGAGACUAUAUUCGAUGGCAGUGGAUCGGACGAUGGAGACUUCACGCCGGUGUCCGGAAUCACGGAACCCACCGAUGCCACGGAAUCUGGCGCCACGGAAGAAACCGACGACGGAUCGACCAAAGAUUCGUCCGAAACAUCGACCGCUGAAUCAGUGACGGAAGAGAGCACAGUAUCGGGCGAAACGGAAGUGACCGAGUCUGGAGCGACGGAAGAAACUAUGGAAUCGGAAACUCCGGACUCGAGCGGCCCGACGUCCGAGUCGCCGGAAACCACAGUCUCUUCGGAGACAGAGGUCACUCCAGUCUCAGGGGAGACUACGGAAUCCGCGGAAACGGAGGUGACUAGUUCCACAGAGUCUACGGAAUCUGCCCCAACUACGUCCGAAUCCGAAAGUAAAUCUACGGACGAGAGCGUGUCGUCAGAAGAGUCGACCAUAGCUGGGACCACUGUCGAGACGUCCACGUCCUCUGAUGUAUCCGGUGAAACAACGGAGGGAGGAUCGACUGUGUCGGGUGAAACUACAGAAUCAGGUGCUACGGAGCCAACAAUGUCGACCGACGUCUCGGUUACGGAGGGGUCCACCGAGUCUGGACCCACGGAAGCCACCGAAACUACCGAGUCUGGGGCAACUACAGAGUCUGGACAGACCACUGAAGCUGGAAUGACCACAGAGUCUGGUCAAACUACGGAGUCGGGUCAAACUACCGAGUCUGGUCAAACUACCGAGUCUGGUCAAACUACCGAGUCUGGUCAAACUACCGAGUCUGGUCAAACUACCGAGUCUGGUCAAACCACCGAGUCUGGUCAAACUACCGAGUCUGGUCAAACCACAGAGUCUGGUCAAACCACAGAGUCUGGUCAAACUACCGAGUCUGGUCAAACUACCGAGUCUGGUCAAACCACCGAGUCUGGUCAAACUACCGAGUCUGGUAUGACUACCGAAUCUGGUCAAACUACCGAGUCUGGACAGACCACCGAAGCUGGAAUGACCACAGAGUCUGGUCAAACUACCGAGUCUGGUAUGACAACCGAAUCUGGUGAAACUACCGAUUCUGGUAUGACGACCGAGUCUGGUCAGACCACCGAAUCGGGCGAAACAACAACAGAAGGGACAACAGUGUCUGGAGAGACCACAGAAUCGGGAGCAACAACCGAGUCUGGAGAAACCACAGAAUCUGGAGCCACGACGGAGUCUGGAGAGACGACAGAGUCUGGUGCAACCACCGAAUCGGGCGAAACAACUGUCUCCGGAGCGACGGACACCACCGUGUCCGGACUGACGACAUCCACCGAGGAAGAGGAGUCCGAAAUGACCGAGAAAUCGAGCAUAUUCGACAUCUGGACGACCAUCAGUCCGGAAGGAACGACACGCAAGCACCGCGUGUGCAAGAUUCCCAAGAAGAAGAGCUGCAAAACCAAACCGUACGGCUGUUGCUAUGACGGAAUCACUGCAGCCGUGGGUCCGUUCGGUCAGGGUUGCCCUACUCCGCAUACUUGCAACGAGACCAAGUAUGGUUGCUGCCCUGAUGGCGUAUCGCCUGCCACCGGUGCGGACAACCAAGGAUGUCCGGAGUCUCACUGCGACGAAACGCUGUUCGGUUGCUGUCCCGACGGAGUCACCCCCUCCGAGGGCAACGAUAUGGAGGGAUGCACGAAACCAUGCGUCGAGUCAGAGUUCGGAUGUUGUCCGGACAACGAAACCGCGGCGAGCGGGAAGGACAAUCUGGGCUGCUGCAACGUCACCGAAUUCGGGUGCUGUCCCGAUGGAAUCAAGGCAGCUUCCGGGCCAGACGGAGAGGGUUGCGAGGAGGAGAUUACUUCCGUCACUCCUAUCACGGAGGAAUACGAAACUACGACCGCUGUCCUGGAGGAUUGCGCGAAUUCGACCUACGGAUGCUGCCCGGACAACGUCUCGGCCGCCAUCGGACCAAACUUCGAUGGAUGCGGAGUUAUCAAUACGGAGAACUGCACUCUGUCGUACUUUGGAUGCUGUCCCGAUGGGGUCUCACCUGCUCUGGGACCGAGCAACUAUGGCUGCCGUAUGGCGUGCGAGAACAGCACUUACGGUUGCUGCGAAGACGGCGUUACACCGGCUCACGGCCAUAACAGAGAGGGUUGCUGCUUGUCGACGGAGUACAAGUGCUGUCCGGACAACGUGUUGCCCGCGCGUGGACCAAACUUCUACGGUUGCGGUUGCGCGUACACGCGAUUCGGUUGUUGUCCGGAUAAUGCCACCGCGGCGCGUGGUCCUAACAACGAGGGAUGCGGCUGCGAGCACACCCCUCACGGCUGUUGCCCCAACCGCUUCACACCGGCCACUGGACCGAGCUACGAGGGAUGUUCUUGUUACACUUAUCAGUUCGGGUGUUGCCCCGACGGCGUCACCAUCGCCAAAGGACCUCACGGACAAGGCUGCGGAUGCGAGAACGCCCAGUACAAAUGCUGCUCCGAUGGCAGAACACCGGCCAAGGGGCCGAACUUCGCCGGAUGUACUUGCGAUGCCUCGAAGUAUGGAUGUUGCACCGACGGGGUUGAGGAGGCGCAGGGCGAGAACUUCGAGGGCUGUCUCACGGUUCCGUCGACCCCAGGAAUCGCCUGCGGGCUGGAACGAGACAGAGGUUCGUGCAGAGAGUUCUCCGUCAAGUGGUACUUCAAUACGGAUUACGGUGGCUGCUCGCGAUUCUGGUACGGGGGCUGCGAGGGCAACGAUAAUCGAUUCAAGACUCAGGAAGAAUGCAAGGAGGUGUGCGUUCAGCCGAAAGGAAGAGACGCCUGCUAUUUACCAAAAAUAUCUGGACCCUGCGAGGGCUACUUCCCUACAUGGUACUACGACUCUGGCAGGAAACAGUGCGGCCAAUUCGUCUAUGGCGGUUGUCUCGGCAAUGCAAACAAGUUCAAGACGAGGGAAGAGUGCGAAGAGCUGUGCGUUGUUCCUGACGAUCUGGAUCCCUGCGAACAAACCAAGGAACCAGGACCCUGCGAGGGCAACUUCACCAGGUGGUUCUACAACGCCGAGUCGCAAGCGUGCGAGCAGUUCAGGUACGGCGGAUGCAAAGGCAACGACAACAACUUCGCCACGGAAGUUGCUUGCCACCAACAGUGCCUGCAACCUGGAGGCAGACGAGAUAGUUGCUUGCUGCCUCGAGCCGAGGGUAACUGUGGGGAGAAGCAGUCUCGAUGGUACUUUGACCAGUCGGAGAAUCGAUGCAUGCCAUUCUAUUAUACCGGGUGCGAUGGAAAUAAAAAUAAUUUCGAAUCUAGGGACGCAUGCGAGUCCGAUUGCCCGGCUAAAAUCGAACAAGACAUCUGUCUUUUGCCCGCGCUUCUCGGCGAAUGCCACAACUACACUCAACGAUGGUAUUACGACUCGUACGAGCAACAAUGUAGACAGUUUUACUACGGCGGUUGCGGUGGAAAUUCGAACAAUUUCGAGAGCGAGCACGAUUGUCUAGGCAGGUGUCAAACCGCCCUCACCACGCCUGCGACUCCGGUAGACGUCGAAUUUAGACCAGACUUCUGUUUCUUACCCGAGUCGCACGGUCCGUGCUCCGACAAUCGCGUAAAAUGGUUCUACGACAGCAGAGACGGGGUUUGCAAACAGUUCAGGUAUGGCGGCUGCCAGAGCAACGGGAACAACUUCAACAGCAAGGAGGAAUGCGAAUAUCGAUGCGGGGAUGUUCAAGAUCCCUGCAGCCUGCCAAAGGUUAUCGGUCCUUGCAAUGGCUUCGACAGACAGUUCUACUACGACCACCGAACGGAUGCUUGCUACGAGUUCGAGUAUAGCGGCUGUCAGGGUAAUAAGAAUCGCUUCCAGGACAGAGAUUCCUGCGAGACGAAGUGCAGACGCCGUGUGGUAACUGAGCAAGCACCUUCGAACGCCAUUGUUACACCACACCCGUACCCCGAACACGCCACGAAGAGUCCGAUUUGUUACGUACCCGUUGAUCCUGGCUCUUGCAACAACGACAUCACCGCCUAUUAUUACGACGCGAACAGCCAGGUGUGCCAGGCGUUCGUUUAUGGCGGCUGCGAAGGAAACGCCAACAGAUUCCAGACGGAGGAACAGUGUGAACGCCUUUGUGGAAAAUUCCAGGGACAGAACGCGUGCAAUAUGUUAGCGGAUCCUGGCGAAUGCAGGGGAUCCUUCCUGAAAUACUUCUACGAUUCAGCUACUCGUACCUGUCGCGAGUUCGUAUACGGCGGAUGCGAAGGAAACGCGAACAGAUUCAGCACGAUGGCCGAAUGCGAGUCGAUCUGCAUACAUCACGAGGAGCCCGUGCCAGCAGGAAACGACACUAGUGUUUCUAAUCUGUCGAUCUGUAAAGAACCGGUGGACAGCGGGUCGUGCACUUCGGAAUUUGCAAUCAAACGAUUCUACUUCGACGAGGAAUAUCAAACCUGUCGAGCGUUCAUUUACACCGGAUGCGGUGGCAAUCGUAACCGAUUCAAGACCUUCGAAUCUUGCAUUCACAGUUGCCUCAAGACUACCAACGAGAUCGACGUGGACUCCGGAAAGGACGCGAAGAACCUUUGCGCGGAGGCCAACGAGGAAUGCAACAUUAUUCGUUGUCCUUACGGCAAGGAGGCCUUCGUGGACUCUCAGGAUUGCGAACGAUGCCGCUGCGUGGAUCCUUGCAGGACACAAAUUUGUCCCGAUGGUACCAGGUGCACGAUCACCCUGGUCGCCGCCAAGGAUGGCACCGAGUACAAGGCCAUCUGCAGAUCUACCACGAAAUCAGGACGCUGUCCAAAGGUGUCGAACAACACCAGGUGCGAGCAGGAGUGCGCCACGGACGCAGAUUGCUACGGAGAAAUGAAAUGUUGCGACAUUGGCUGCGGCACUGCCUGUUUGGAACCAGCCGCUGAAGAACCCUCGACGACCACCCUGAGGACGUGGGUCACCUCCCCUCCAGCUGGCACGGAACCAGCCUCGAUUCGACAACCGGAAGAGCCCCACGUCAAUGCCCAGGAAGGCGCUUACGUCACAUUUAAGUGCGAAGCGCUAGGAAACCCCCAACCGACCAUCACUUGGAGAAAGGACACGACUUUGAUCGGUCCUUCAGAGAACAGGCGUCGCAUAUUGCUCGACGGGUCCCUGCAGAUUGUCAAUCUGUACAGAUACGACAGCGGGACUUAUGUCUGUACAGCUGACAAUGGCUUAGGGCCACCGGUCAGAGCAGAGUACCAACUUAUGGUAACAGAGCCACGCGUAAUAUCCGCCGCCAUAAUCGGGGAGCCCGACACUCGCGUGACGGUCACGAUGAACUCGCCGAUAGCCCUCCAUUGUUACGCGAUGGGCUGGCCAAGGCCAUCCGUCACCUGGUGGCGAGGUGUCCACAUGUUGCCGUUGACGUCGGACAUCUACGAACAGGACUCCGAUUAUACUCUGUUGAUUCGAACGGUGACGCUUCCUACUCUCGGUAUCUACACCUGCCAAGCGUUCAAUGCCAUUGGCAGAGCAGCGUCCUGGUCGGUGACCUUGCAAGCGAUUGGUCCCGUUCAUAAUGUCAAACCAGAGUACGAGCAGUACACCCAGUACCUGGUCCAGCCUCCUAGAAAGUCUGUCGAGGAGAAACCUCAGUAUCCUUACAAGCCCAACAGACGACAGAACCUAACACAAGUCUACCUGCCCAUUAACACAUCCACACAGUUCCCUACCGCGACUCCUCUGCCUGGAAACAUCAGUCUGAAUCUUGGGUUCAACAGGUUCCAAGUUCCUGUCAGCGUCAAUAUAUCGGUGGUCCAAAAUCAGUUCCCCGAGGGUAGCGACAUCAGCAUCGCCUGCAACGUCGACGGCUAUCCUGCCCCUCGAGUCACGUGGUACAAGGACAACGAGCUGAUCCAUGCUAGCAAUCGAAUUCAAAUUUCUGAAGUGAACAGACUGGUGAUCAGCGACGCGAACCGAGAGGAUUCCGGCGAAUAUCGCUGCGAAGCCAACAACGAUAUCUCGUCAGCCACCGAUAGCGUUCACAUACAAGUUGCUGGAAUUUUCAUCCACCCGAACUGCCAGGACAACGCGUUCUUCGCGGACUGCGGCCUGAUCGUGAAGGCGAAGUAUUGCACGCACAAAUACUACGCGAAAUUCUGUUGUCGAUCUUGUACCGAGGCUGGACAGCUGCCCUCCAGGGGCCCUCACCUGAGCAACUCCAGGAGGAGGCGAAGGCACAUCCUGAAGAUGCUCGUUUAAAACGCGAAACUCGACGGUUCGGUAAUUUCCGGUGUGCCCGGCGCGAGCAGCGACCACGAUCGGGCAAAGACAUCGACUUAAUCGAGGGUAUGCGAACGAAACGUCAUCGAGGACGCCGCAUAAUCGACGUUAAUUCACUGCCAAAGCCUUAGAACGUCUAUACAUAGGUAUCUUAAUAUAUUAAGCAACAGCGGGACGGAGGGACGACUCCCACGACUGUCGUCGCUGUCUCUUUCGAACGUCGUCAUCCAUGUAUAUACGAUCUGACGCUGAAUCCUAGUCGGUCGAAGCCAUAUUAGGCGGGUUAACCUCGAAAGGUGCUCGUUCGAUAAUUUUUCUUUUCUUUUCAUCGGGUCGUUCCACGAGUCCUUGCGCACGAAAGAACAUCUUCCCUCUAAUUUAUCUUUAAAUUAACUCCUAAAGAUUUCAACUCUCGAAUUUCGUUAUUUAAAUCUAACGUCGACACGAUCAAUUUCACGCACGUUCGUUCUCAACUGAAAAUUAUUCGCAACGACUUCUGAAACGAUCCAAUAACCAACGUUGACCGCGUCUCCGGAAUUCCGCGACGAGAUAGAAAUUCGAAUGCAGUUUGCAUAGAUCACCCAGUUAGGCAACCUCGUCGCGACCGGGCGGAGAAUUUGGAAUUUUUACAUUUGAUAAAACAGCAUAGAGUUCCACGAUUCCGGAGGGGUCGGUCACAGUCGACGACGCGACCAAUUUUUCUCGUGCAUCGCUUGCGUAGCUUUGCGAAAUUGAAAACACACGCACGCCAGGGGAACAAGAAACGUCGCUAAAUCAGCGUUCGAUGACUUAGGGGCUCUGGCCAUCCUUUGUUUUUCUUUUUUCGAAACGGGGGGGAGGAACGAGCGACAGAGGAGGGGGAAACUUGUACCUAUUUGUAUGAAGCAUAUACGCACGUUACGUUGUACAAUAUAAAUAGUUUGUUACGCAAUAUGCCAUUUAUAUACUCUAUGAUACUGUUAUCACUUAUUCCUUAUCGAUACUCGGACGUAUUGCCAUAGCAUGUACCGCCACCAAAUAGUUCUCGAUCAUCGAAUCGAACGACGUGGAUCGCAAAGGUGCAACGUCGCCGCGGUUCUGGCUUCGAUGGCUUUCGAUGAGCAAAAAAAUUCUACUAAAGUUCCAAAACGAGGCGAGGCUUUCGAACGGAUUUCGGUUGCAUCUUUGCACGAUUUACCGCGAGGCUGCGCCGACGCAAUUCUCUUCGCGAACGAUCGGUUUUUAGCGCUGAAACCGCGUCAUAUGGGCAUAUUAACGUGUUGCAUUUAUAUAUUUGUUCCUGAACAUUUUAAUCGUAAUGUUAAACUACGUACUGUUACUAUGUAUACUGUAUCAUCUAUCGUGAAACUUUGACGACCGGGGGCUGAGAAUACUCCAGAUAUUCUGGCGCCUUUAUAUAAUUUUCUCGAAUUUUUAAAAUAAAAAUUUCAAAUUUUUUUAAUUCAUCAGAGAAUGGAUCGCAGAUAAUGUAUUUAAAUUUUCGUAUCGAUAACGUGAAUGGUUUCCGUGUAAUAAAAUCGAAAACGAAUCGAUACGUGCACCGCUCUGGAGACUUCAACGCGUGGACGAACGGUGUGCAUCGAACUCUAUUUUUUCUCCGGGCACUAUGAGCAUCCAAGAUGGCAAUUGCAAGGGCUGGCGAUCUGUACUCUCAUCCCCGUGCGUCACGGAAAUAUCAGUAGCUCGUAGCGUAUCAGGAUUCCGAAGGGAAAGGUACCAAAAGCAUUUAAUAUAUCGUAAGCGUAAGUUUCACUCGAUCAGUUCGAAUCGAAAGAAUCCACGGAACCGUAGGGAAGGACUAUUUCUUCUUUCAUCUUAUCGUUUCAGUCACAGUAAAUGACAGUGCCUUAUUAGACGCCCUUCGAAAGUGUCGGGGAAAGAGUGCUAAAUAUAAAUUUACAUACAGAUACUGUUUAGUGUAAAUAGAAACACGUAGUGUAACGGGCAAAACGAACAAUUCCUCUCGCGGUGUUCGCUCGGAACGAUCGUAGAACGCGUUUCGAAUUCAGACGAUCGCGAAGCAUUGAAUUACGAGGACUAGAUUCCAUCGAUUUGAUUUCCUUUCGCUCUCACGAUCCUUCGUUUUGUACGUUCGAACGACAUGUCGUGCAUUUGAAACGGUUCAAAAUUAUGACAAUCCGACGAAACAAUGAUGCAUAUCAACGAAGAAAAAUUCGAGCGUGAUUUGUGUGUACUGUACUUCGAAUUUAUGAUUUAUUCGCUCGGGGGAAUCUCGGGCCGAACGAUAACGAUAUUGAGUACUCUUCUCCUCCGUACUCCUCUAGAUCUGACCAAACUAGACAUUACACGAUUGUAACGGAUAUGUUGUAACGUAGCGACACGACUAUCUAGUAAAUGUAUAAAUAGUUUACAUAGUUUAGAUAUCCUACUGAUCGCAUAUCGAGCGUAGAUGGACAUGUAUCGUUCUUACCUGGACGAUGUUGAUUUUAAGGAACGAAAGGUACGCAGUAAACGUCAUUUCAGUAGAUUCUCUCUAUUCUAUAGUAAAUAAUUUAUAUUUCUACCGUGUGAUUUAAGUCUGUACAAUGCCCUAUAUCCACUUACUAUUACACUAGAGAUGUAUAUAAUUCUCACUAUCACGUACUAAUUGUUAACGUAUCUUAUGGGGCACUAACAACUUCCUCGCAGAGACUCCAGCGUCCGUAGAAACGAUCGUGACCGUUGAUUCGUUAGUUUUGUGUCGUCACCUUCCGGGAAUCGGUUCUAUUCGCAGCUUGAAUUUUAAAUCGUCGCAAAUUUUAACGAGUGAGACACCGCUAGCAGUGAUAAUCGUGAAAUAGUUGUACAAAAAUAGUCGAAACGUUUAAGAUAAAUAUAGCACAAAUUACUUCUACGAGAAUACUUUAGCCUUCGUUUUGCAAUCUCGAUUAGGAAGUGCAGGUUCGAAUCGGUUAUAAAUAUAAAUAUAUUUUCUAUUCUGUACUCCAUCGUUUGUUUUGAUUUUCAGAAAUCGUCGUUUUUCGAUUCCCGUAGGGUAAGACUUCGCGAGAACGUGGAACACACCUCGCGUACAAUUCGCGAGCAAGUUUUAUGGGAUGCUUUUCGUAGUUUUUUGUAUUUUUGCAUAACGGUUCGACCACCUAUCCACCCUUCCCAGGACAGAUCCUUAGAUCUUCGAAGAUCGUUCACGAUCAUCGCUACGGACACCGACGAAUGGUUCAAGCGUUUCGCGAGAAAGACAAUUGCCAAAAAAGAUUAAAAAGGAAAAAAAAAAGCAGAAAGAGAAUGAAAAUAAAUUAAUCACUUAUUCGUGUCUCCAGUGUAUUAUCUAUACGUGCAUAGUUCAUCGCAACAGUGCUAAAGAUUUUAGUGAGUGUAUUUGUAACUGUAAGUAUCUUAGGUAAUGAUUAAUAUAAUAUAAUAUAUAUAAUUAUAAAAUAAAGGUAGACAUAAAGGAA